UUUGACAGUAUUGAUUCGAUUGUGUUUUUGUCAAAAGUCGUGUUUUUGAAUUAUAUUUUUAUUAUAUUUUUUCUGAAAUUCAGGCUUUUAUAAUGUCACUACAAUUUGAAUUACUAACUGAAAGUCCCGGUCAAUGGACAUCUGCUUCGUACGUUAUUCCCGAAAUUCAAAAGAAGGAAAUAAAACCAUUUGUUGUUCUCAGCCUCAAAGAACUAGAAGGUAAUCCGGACAGUCGUACAUCCAGUUUAACGAAUUCUAGUAAAUUUUCUGCAGUAAGGGCGGUAGUGAGACACGUAGCACGCUCUAGAUCUGCCACUAAGGAGCCAUGGUGUGCCACUGAUAUCAGAAACUUUCUUGAAAAUCUGAAAUUCAAUCCAGAAUGUGCAGAGGAACUUACAGCAUUAUUAUGUACAGAUAAAAUAUAUGAUAAUAUACCAAGACAUUUAUAUAUUAAACAAAGACUGGAUAAUAUGCAAUGGAAGAUAGAUUUAUCUUUAUGUCAAAAUAAUAUAGAAGCUGAAAAUGCAAAUCCAGAAAGGGCAAAAGAAAUAAUACAAAGAGACACACAUAUUAUAUUAAUAUUAAAAUUAACUGACGCACAGACUAAAACAUACAGAUUAUCUAUAUCAAAAUUCCAUGAAUUAAGGUAUGUUAUUGCGAGCGCUUUAAAGUCUAUGAUCGUGUUAGAAAAAAGGAAAUGUAUGAGACAAGAUUGAUGAUUGUCUAUGGUCAGAUUUACGAGGACCAUAUGGCUGUUGUCAAUAUAGUGAACUAACAAUUUCAUCUAAAACAUUUUAUAAUGACAAAUUAGCUUUUGCCUGCGACUCUGUCUGCGUGGAAUUGAAAACAACAGUGAAUA